AUUUAUAGUUCUCCGUGUGUGAGUAAAUUGAAAAUGGAUGGCCGAUAGAUUCCCGUUUGGCACGUGAAUAGAUAUAUUUUUAUUUAAUUAUUUGUAAUUAUCAUUUGACCGUCAAACUGGGUGCCAAAACGGUAGAGCGUUUCUUCAGUCUUGCAGACGACAACUUUGUCGAAGAUGUCAACGAAGACCUGAAAUGUUUUAUUGCCGAAGGAAGAGUUGACAGUGUGCUAGUGUUCCCUCCAGUGAGUAACUACCGACGGUUCCUGAUACACAACUCGGUGGAACAGCUUGGUCGGCCAGAACUUGCCACCUUCUCCAUCGGAGUCAGUGACGAACGACGCACUGUGGUGUGCUACCGGGAGAGAUUGUUGAGUGAUGAAGCUUGCGCGCGACCAGCCAUGGGCCUGACACAAACGGAACGCGAUGAUGCUACCAUAUCACAAACAGCGGCGGUGGGAGGUUUCAAGCCGGCGCAAGCGCAGGCCUCGCGGCGUGCGCAGCCUCAGGAAAAGAUCAGAUCUGGCUCAACGAAACCUCGGCGCCCAGAUCGCGCAGUGUACGUGCCCCGCGCCCUGCGCAACGCAGAGAGUGCACAAACUGAGGACAACAAUAAGGAUACCAACAACCAUCGCAGAACUAGUCACAGUGCGGAAGGUGUCAAGUGUCCCAAGUCACCCGCGCCCAAAGAGAAGUCACACCACGGCACCCCCAGGAAAUCUAUAGACAAAGCGUACUGCAACGUGUACACGCCACCGCAUCUCAGGAAUCAAAGAUCUCACACGGCCCCAAGCAUAGAGGAACCCACAUCGAGCGAUACAAAAGAAUCUGUGCCUUCAGGCUUCCAAGUGCCAAAUAGUGAUAGUGCAAUAUCUUUUAGUGAUAAUAGUUUUAUUAACGACAUAGAAGUAGGCGAUAAUUUUUAUAUAGGAGAUUAUUUCGCUAACGGACAGUUAGGAUUCUACAGUCCGAACCUAUACAGCGAGUACGCGGAAAACAGUCGCGAGAACGCGACCGACAAUAGCGACUGGAGAUCCAAUGAUUCCGACGAAAAUAUGGCGGUGAACGAAUCGAAUCAAAGCAAUAAUAUUAUCGAUAACGAUUAUUUGUACGCUAAGGGUGAAGAUGUUGAAAAGAAUGAGCUGAAACGAGCCUCGCAAGAAAUUAAUAGAAGUAGCAAGAGAAUUAUAAAACAGAGCUUCCAUUCUGACGUGUUAGUUAUAUCGGAUACUGUUGAUAGUGUCCCAGAGAAGAAUGAGCCUGAACCAGUGGUAGCGGUGGAAGAGAAAGAAACUGAGGUGGUUAAGAAGACGAAGCCAAAACUAGAGGCGAAGGUGUCUUUGAAGCGAGAAGAGAACGACUGGGACGCAGUUUUCGACGACAGUGGAGAGUGCCUUGAUCCUUCACUUCUUGAGGAGCUGACGACUACAGUUGGCAAGGUCCACAUCAGCAAGCCAAAGAACUGUUACGACCAGUACCAGACAAGAGGUCAGCAGCUCUUCAACGGUCCUUAUGACGAAACGUUCGGUCAUGUAGUGGAAGUGUAUGACUUUCCCAGUGAGUUCAAAACGAACGAUCUGUUCUCUCUGUUCAGUGAAUACAAAGACACUGGUUUCGAAAUUAAGUGGGUGGAUGAUACGCAUGCGUUGAUCGUGUUUAGCAGCGCGAAAAUUGCUGGAGAGGUGCUAUCAACGCAGCGCCCGCUGGUUCGGUGUCGACCGCUCCACGCCGCCACUCUGGAGUCUAGGAACAAAGCGAAGAAGUGUGCUGAAUUCUUGCAGCCUUAUAGACAACGGCCAGAAACAUGCACUGCGCUGGCGCGACGCCUGGUCUCUGGUGCUCUUGGCGUGAAGCUGAGCACGGCGCGACAGGAACGAGCUGAAGAGAGGAGACUUAUCACUCUUGCCAGAGAAAAGAAACGCCAAGCGGCCCUACACAAAGAGGCGGCGUGGGACGGCUCACUCGCCAACCAAUCGGUCGACACGUGAGAUUCCACCCGCGAUGGCUUCAUCGAUGAUCGAGCUCUCAAGGAACAUGUUCGUUUUACUAAAGUUUACGUCAUAGAUAUAAUAAUUAUAGAUAUUUUUCUAUGCGAAAUAUUAGAUUGUACGGCGCCUAAGAGGUUUUGGUCCUUUAAGUAAGUUAUGCUUAAAUAGAGCUUUAAUUCUUAUGUGUUUGCUUUUUUUAAUUUUGUUUAAACUCAUUCGGCUUGCACUGUUGUAGACUGUUUAGUAAAAAGCGCCUUAUCGUGUAUUACAUAUUGUUUUUCUUUACACGAUUUGGUAUGAAAUUAUGAAAUUUCUUGUAAAUCUCAUGUCACAAAUGUUUUAGUAUUUUUCGUUUGUUUGUUUGCAAGCUUGUUUUCAUACUCACUGUUUUUAAUAUGGGACAAAAUUACGUGUUUGUCUAUUCACUCUUAAAUCUUAGUGACAUUUCUACUGUACUGCAUAAUAUUUUAUAUAAGUUAUUAUGUAUAUUUGCAUCCGUAGUAUUCAUACGAACCAAAUACUAGUAUUUAUUUAGCUGACUCUUUUUAUUUUAGUUUUUUUUUUUAUUUGUAGAUGAUAGAUAAAUAUUUUUAAAAGUCUGUCCAAACGAUCUUCGUUCUCUUUUCGACCAAAGUGUGUGAAAGCAUGGUUGAUGCAUGUUGCUUAUACUUAAUUUUGUUAUUAAAAUUAAUAAAUAAUGAUAAUUUGAAAAUCUUAUGAAUGCCAAAUCACUUUGCAAGUAUCAAGAUUAACUGAACAAAGUACUUUGUCUUAUGUCAAUGUCAAAUAUGGUUACUUAAAUUAUUCCGCCAUAUUGAAACUACGGGGUGUUUGCAAAAAUUUUUUUUUGGGGUGAGUAAAUUCGAUUUUUUUUGCUGUGAUAUUUGGUAUUCAAAAGAUGAAAUUAAUAUAUUUUUAAUUCGUUGCGAGUUAGUGCCUUCGUUGUCUAGUCUGGUUGUAUGUAAUAUGUGGACUUCAAAACCUCUUUGCGUACUUUUAUUAGAUGAAAUUAGGAUAAUUGAUAGCAGAAUAAUAGUUUUAAUAUUGCGUCUUAUGAUAUAGUUGUAAAAUGUUAUAGCGUUGAAUCGAUGGAAGGUAGUUUUAGAUGGAAUUCAUUUGGGCCUUAUACACAACUUUGUUACUUAUGUAUUACUUUAAACUAGUACAUAGUAAUUACUUCCUAUCUCAUAUUACAUAGAAUGCGGAAACAAUUGAAUUACUAUCUUGCUUCUUUUAUUUCUUUUUUUUCAUUAAAUUAGUAACUGAUGUUUUUAGUUGGCAAAUGUACUCUAGCUAAUUAAAACUGCUUUCUUCUUUUUUUUUUUUGUUAAUACUGGUUUUAAGUAGUACAUAGUAUUAAGUGAGGUUAUGUAUUAAGGCCCAAUGUAAGGUAGAAAACGGAAGAGUUUGAAAAUAGAAUAUGUUAAAAUGGACGCUGUCUAUGGUUUUAAAGGUGGAAACGUACUUCCAACGACUAAGGAUGAGAGUAGAAUAUACUCAUUGCCUUGAAAGAUUACUAAAAAUAUUGUUUUGUGGUAUUAACAACUCUGACAUAUGUGUUUUGAUAUUUUGUAUUGUAAUUUCGAAUAAGUCGGCAGCUAGUGUAGUGCUAAGAGAGAGUUAAUGAAGGAAUAGAAUAAUUUUCUAUCAUCCAAAAGAUUUAUUUUUAAUAAAAAUAAUAAAUAAAUUUUAUUUUUCGAAAUAAA